AUGUCGAAUCUAUCAAAGCUUGAGUUUGUGGCACUUGACAUUUCUAGAAAUAAUUACUUGUCAUGGGUACUCGAUGCUGAAAUUCACCUUGACGCUAAAGGUCUUGGUGCCACUAUUACCAAUGGUAAUCCAGCGUCGAGUCAGGACAAAGCAAAGACUGGUUUGAAGGAAAGGUAUGACCACCUUAAGGCAACAGUAUUGCCAAGGGCUCGUUAUGAAUGGAUUCACUUGCGGUUACAAGAUUUUAAAACUAUAUGUGAAUAUAAUUCUGCUGUAUACAAAAUUACUUCCCAAUUGAAGUUAUGUGAGAAAGAUAUAAAAGAUGAGGACAUGUUGGAAAAGACUCUCACAACUUUUCAUGCCUCAAAUUUGGUAUUACAGCAGCAAUACCGUGAAAGAGGAUUCAAAAAGUAUUCUGAGUUGAUCUCAUGCCUUCUUGUGGCUGAGCAACAUAAUACUCUUUUAUUGAAAAACCAUGAGGCCCGUCCCACGGGAACUGCUCCGUUACCAGAAGCAAAUGAGGUUGAAGCACAUGGCCAGUCUGAAAGAAGACAAAAUAAAAAUUGGGGCCAAAAUAAUGUGCAUGGACGUGGAAAUGGCAGAGGACGAUAUAAUAAUCGUCGUGGUGGUGGUCGCCAAAAAAGGGAGAACAAUAUAGGUUCUCAAAGCAAUCCUUCAAGAGGCAAUUGUCAUCGUUGUGGCAUGAAAGGGCAUUGGAAGAAUGAAUGCAGAGCAGCUGAGCAUUUUGUUAGGCUUUAUCAAGAUUUCUUGAAAAGAAAAGGAAAUAAAAAUGGUGCAUCUUCUUCUAAUGCUCGGGUGGAGUCACACUUAACUUAUAAAAAUGAUGCCGAGGCAGGGCCUUCACAAAAAUAUGAUGACAAUAUUGAAGCAAAUUUGGCUUUAAAAGAUGACGAUUUUGAUGACCUUGAUGAUAUUACUCAUUUGGAAGUUGAAGAAUUGUUUGGAGAUCAAAACUAA